AUGGCACCAGCAAACACCCUCCCCGCGGUCCUCACGCACAUCACGACCCUGUACUACAGCUACCUGCACCCACUGCUCCCGUCACCAGUCCAAUCCCUCAUCGAGAACGUCGCCCCAAUACUCACACAAGUCAUCACAUCCGCGACGUCAGGCGACCUCACAACGCUGCUCGCCACGCUCGUGGUCAUCUACCUCUCGCUGCGCAUCGCAGACUAUAUCCGCCGAAGCGUGAUCGCAUGGGUGAUGUUCUUCUUUAAGAUUGCGCUGGUCAUUGCGCUGGUCAACGCUGCGUUCUAUGUCAAUCGUGUUGGGCUGGACAAGGCGCUGGAGGAUGCUGAGUGGGGCUGGGAUUUGAUUUGGGGAUUGGCGCAGAAGGCGAUUAAUGGGGCGGGAGGCGGGAGUGCAGGGAGAGCAGGAGGGUAUGGGCAGUGGAAUCUGGAUGAGGCGCAGAGGUAUCGCAUUCCGGUGGAGGGGAAGAGAGCGUCGAAGAGGCGGAGUGGUGGGUGGAGUUGA